GAAAAUCCGGAUCUGUCAAUCAUGACGAAAUUAACGCAAAUUGUUUUGAGACAUAUCUUAAGUAGACGUCAAUUGACGUAAGACGUAAUAUAAUCCCCGAAAAACAUACUCGUAUUACAAUCGUACGUGAUACAUAUCUAAUCAGUAUCAUAUUAAUUCUCGAGCCCGAUGUACGAGAGGUGAGGAACAGAGGAAAAUUUUAGUGAAGAAGGUGCCUCUUCAGGUAGGUAGUUAAUUAACUCCGAUUCGUAAGAGCCCCCAUAUAAUCAGCCAAUGCAGACAAUUUCUUGCAUCACAAAUUACAUUCUGUCCAACACUUGUGCUUACACAAUUCACGUCGCGUCGCAUCGUUAUUUUUGUGCUUACUCGAAAUUUAAUAAUUGCUAGUUCGACGCAUCGAGGAUUCAAGUUAUUGUAAAUUCUCUAAAUUCGGUGAAAUGAAUCAGUUCGCGGCGUACUUUUCCCUAUUCUGCGUAUACAUCUGCCUCUACAUCGUGGAACCAGUUCAAGGUACCUUUCGUCUGCAGAUAUUGCACAAUAACGAUUUGCAUGCCAGAUUCGUCGAGAUAGACGCGUACACCGCCUCGUGUCCGGCAGAGUUCGUCAAACAGAAUAAAUGCUACGGAGGAUUCGCUCGCAUGAAGAAGGCCGCUGACGAAGCCAGACAGAAAGCCAAAAAUCAAGGAGUACCGAGCAUCUUCAUCAAUGCCGGUGACAGUUUUUACGGAACUCCUUAUUAUACGAUUUACAAAUGGAAAAUUACCGCAGAAUUGAUCGAUAAGCUUGGGUUAGACGUGAUGUCUUUGGGCAAUCACGAAUUCGAUGACGGAAUUGACAACCUAGUCGAGUACCUGAAACAUGUAACAACACCUGUUGUUACCUGUAAUCUGAACAUAACCAGCGAAAAACGAUUAGAUUUGCCCAACUUGAGACCGUCAGAAGUUCUAACAGUAGAAGGAAGAAAAAUCGGAGUUAUCGGAUACUUGACACCCGAAACAAAAGAUAUUGCGAUCACGGAAAAUCUAGAAAUAUUCGAUGAAAUACCCUACAUACGACGCGAAGCACAGCGUUUGAAGUCCAAAGGCAUCAACAUCAUAAUCGCCUUGGGACAUUCGGGAUUCGAUUACGAUAAGAAAAUAGCAGCAGAGGUAGAAGAGGUCAGUGUGGUCGUGGGUGGUCAUACUCAUACCUUACUGUACACUCCAGCAGAUAAACCACCUAGUGUCGAAGCAGUGACAUCCGAGUACCCAACCAUGGUGGUUCAAAAAUCAGGCAAAAAAGUACCAGUAGUGCAGGCUUACGCUUAUUCUAAAUAUUUAGGUAAACUUACGGUCGACUUUGACGACAAAGGUAACGUCCUCAGCGCCACUGGUAACCCACAGAUUCUCGAUUCCACGGUUGCCAAAGAUCCGGAACUUGACAAAGGAAUAGCUAAAUGGACUGCCUUAAUCAACGAACGAAUUCACGUGGUCAAAGGUUACACGCGUACUUUUUUGGGUAGAUCGAUUUUCAACGAAGGUAAAUUUGAAUCCAACGCUGCUAAUCUGAUAACGGAUGCUUUUGUCGAUUUAGGUGUAAAAUUGGCAAAAGAACGUAAAGAAACAACAUGGACCAAAACACCUAUAGCUUUCUACGCAAUCGGAUGUAUUCGAGCAGACAUCGAUAAUAAAAAGAAUGAGGGGGCUUUAACCGUAGAAGACUUAAUGACAUUGCUGCCAUUUGAAAAUAAAAUGGUCGAAAUGAAAUUACGGGGAAGUACUAUUAGAAAAGUUUUAGAAUUCGGGGUUUCCACGUAUAAUCCAGAGGAUACCUCGUACGUUUCGCGUUACUUCCUUCAUUUCUCGGGACUCAGGGUAGUUUACGAUUUUACGAAACCAUCCGGCCAACGAGUUGCAUCGGUGACUGCUUUAUGCGGAGAAUGCGAUACGCCAGAAUACCGAGCGCUACAAGAUGACGAAAUUUAUGGAAUUAUGACGGUAACAUAUGUGGCCGACGGAGGAGAUAAGUUCGAUAUGCUCAGAACCGAAUCCAUUGAUAAAACAAUACUAAGUGUCUCGGAAGUAGAUUCAGUUAUGGAUUACGUAGAAAAAAAUCGAGUAGUAUAUCCAGUUCUGGACAACCGGAUCAUUGUAACUGGAUUCAAAUCGAAAGAUCCAAAAGCGUCAUCUUCGACUGCAGUAGCCUCAUCUCAUCUACCAGUAUUAUUGAUCGUGAUUUUUGUCUCACUGCGAGCAUUUGUGUUCUAAAAUGCUGUCCGAUCAUGCUUGACAAUGGUUUUGGAAAAGAUACGAGUACUAAGGCCAUUGAAGAGAUGGGUUAUCAAAAUCACCAUUCUGAAAAGGUUGUAGAGCAGAGAAAAAUUGUCGACAUAUUUUGAACUUUUGAAGUUGUCAUUUUUGAGAAUAAAUUGAUUGAUUGAUUGA